GCGCGCGUGUAUUCUUGCUUCCUAUUGGCUAAUAGUAUAAACACGUGACAUUAAAUUCCAUAUAAUUAGACAAGGCUCUCUACUUCCGCUUUGAUUCCUUUGAAUUUGGAUCGACGUUUUCAUUUAUAAAAUAAACUACAUUUUCUUAGGGAAUGAAGGAAAAGGCCUUUCAACUGAAAUCCAGAAUCUAUGCACAAAGUUUUUGACAAUUCCUGCUCAGAGAAACAGCAAGUUGAGUGAACUUGAUUCUCUAAAUGUCUCCGUGGCUACAGGUUUGUUGAACACAUGCCGAAUAUCAUUCAACGUUUUUAAAUACAGAUUAUUAGAAUCUGUUUAAUUUUCUAGGAAUCAUACUGCAUUCUCUGCUGUUGAAUCGUUAGCAGACGUUUGGUGCGGGCGGGACAAAAUAGGUGUGGUGCGGUAAAUCAAGAGGCAGAGCCAGUCAAGUUCCUUAGACCAAUACUUACACAGGGGGAACAUGACAAGUUAUCCUAGAGGACCAAAAAUCAAGCUGAAAGUAUAAAUGACUGUCUUGUUCAGUGGUUAAAAUUUCAAAUAAAUAUCGUUCUUGAUAUGUAAUUUCUAUGAAUUUUUCUUAUACCCAUCCUCUGCCACGCCUCCGGACAUGACGUCAGCCAAUAAUAAACAAAGACAACUUUGAAUAUUAAUUAAUGCCAAAUAAAGGAAAAUAUGAAAUACCCUUCAGGAGGUUGGAAAUUGGCCAAGCACGUUUGAUCUUUACAAAUUAUAGGAGGAAACUUAAAUUCUUUAACGUGGCGCCGACAAUAUGGCGAAAUUAUAGUGUGUUUUAGACAGCAACAUUUAACAUUUUUCAAGUAUGCGUGUAACGGUAUUUCGUAAUCUACAAGCAGGGCGCUUAGUACGUAAGACACUGAGACGAUUUUCUACAGAAUGCAAGAAAGAUUAUGAGGUUAUUAUUGCUGGAGGAGGCUUAAUGGGGUUAAGUUCUGCUUAUUUUCUGGCCAGAAGAAUAAAUCCUGCGUCUAUAUGUGUCGUCGAACGUGAUUUAAAGGUAAAAUAAUUUCAAAAUUUGAUACAUAUAAAAAUAUAAACAGCAAGGCCAAGGUCAUGACUGUGUCUGAGAGGGUAACAAAAUAUUUAAUACAGAAAAGUACUAUUUAAAAUAAUAUGAGGCAAUAUUAUAAAAUGUUAAUUAAGUAUUCCCUUAGUCGGGUAGCAUAGAGGUUCACAUUUGACUUCUGCUACCUCUCACUGGCUUAGUAUCACAGAAUAGAAAAUAGUCUAUUUUCUAUUAUGUGUUAGUAUGCAUCUGAUUGGUUAUCCCAUUGAGUGGCAGCACUCCGCCCUGACGAGUAAAAUUGUCUGGUGUUAGAGUAAAAUAAUCUGGCAUUAUAUAGACAGAGUAAAAUAAUAAAGUAGGGUGCAUUGCCAUUUUAAGGGUUAACAGGGUGUAUAGGCAGUAGUCUGAUUAACCCAUUGAGUGGCAGCUGCACUCUCCCCUGACAAGUAAAAUAAUUUGGCAUUAGACAGAGUGAAAUAAUAAAGUAUAGCACAUUGCCACUUAAAGGGUUAAUGGAGUAUAUAAAACGCAUUUCCUAGUAUUCCCAGAAUUCCACAGUGCGAUCAUGGGGUUCUAUACGUCAACAAUUUUCGAUUGCCGAAAACAUUAGAAUGUCACAAUUUGGAUUCAAGUUCUUACAAGACUUGGACGGAUAUCUCGGUGUCGAGGGUGAAGAUUCUCUUGACGUGCAGGUGAAACAAGGUACUUAUUGUUUCCUUGCAUCAGAGGCUGGAAGGUCUGUGCUGGAAGAGAAUGCUGGUAUUCAAAGGUAAAAAUUAUGUAGAAUAUUUAAUUAUCCUGCAGUUAACAAUAUACUGCAAUGCUCCACCCCAAAGUGCCCUAAAAGUUUAUUUUUAUCCAUCCAUAGACAAUUAAGAAUACACCCUUUCAAAAAGUAUGUCACUUUGGCUAUAGACUGCAUGAUGAAGCAAGGCUCUGUAACCUGUAAGGUGACAUACUUUCCGGAAGGGUGUGUUCCCCUUGACUUUCUAUGGUCUUACUGGAGGCCAAAUUAUUUCACUGGCAAGUGAAGAGUUUUGGUCAUCAACAAGUUAAUUCAAUAAUUCUUGGACAUGCACCUCAGUUAGUAGAACAGACGGCUAUUAUGUAUAACAUAGAAAUUCGAAAUCCUGCCAUAACGAUUUCUAGGUCUGAAGAUGUUGCUAUAUCAUUAUUCUCAAGAGAGCAAUUGUGUGAAAAAUAUCCUUGGUUAAACACAGAAGGUGUAGCACUCGCCUCAAAUGGUAGGUCAUGCACAAAGGUCUCUGUUUAGCAUUGUAUGUACAUGUCUCAAGUAUGAAGACGGAAUGUAAAAAAUCAUGGCUGUAAUAUCGUUUUGAUUUAGUCAGUUCAGGUGAAGGAUGGUUUGACCCGUGGUUGUUGUUAGGCCAUUUCAAGAACAAAAUUUCUAAAAUGGGUGUCCACCUCAUUGAGGGAGAAGUACAUGACAUAGAUAUGAAUAAUGGCAGGAUAGCAGGAAUAAAGGUAAUUGGAUUAAAUAGUGUGUGUAAAACAUCACAAGUUAUCCCAGAUAACAAGCCAUAGAGGUGGCUGGUCAUGCUAAGCACUAUCCAGCAGUGCUAUUAGGAGGGGGGUUCAACACCCCAGUCAUCAGGUAGUUGGCAAAAUAUUGAAUCCCAGUCAGCAAAACAUGGAUUUGGAUAGGAAGAAAAAAAUUAAAAUAUUUGAGACACCCAUUAAAAAUGAUAGCUAGAAUGUGGAGAAAUUUACAAAACAAUUAAGGAAAAAUAUAAUCACAAAAUAAUAUUGAGAAAUAUGAUGUCCCACCCCCUGUUUAACAACAAUUUUGGGAAAAGGAAUAUUAAUUAGUGUUUGCAGUGUCUUGGCAAAAUUUGCCUUCAUAACUUGGCAAAAUUUACUUACACCCCCCAUCCAAAGAGGUCUAGCCAUGCCCCUGCAUGCAGCAGACGGUGAUCAAUUGUCAGUUAGACUGUUAGAGUGAGAAGAUAAUUCUUUCAUUACAUGUAUAGUGUAUUCGUAGGCAAAUAAAUCAGUUUGAGAGACAUACAGUAGCCUAAUUUCUUGCUUCUGUGAAUCAGGGUCUUAGCUAGAGGGCCGUGUUGGCCGUGUUAUCGCGGCCAAAAGUGGAAAAACACGGCUAGAUAAAAUUAACGCGGCUUCACUAUUUUUAUAUAAGGCCGUGUAGGUUCAUAAAAUAAGGUGGUGCUACUUACAACAGACAGAAUUUCUUCCUAUUUACGUCGUAAGAAAGUUUGUAAAAUCUACUUGAAUUGGCAAAAGUGAUACGUGAUGUUUUAAUGUUUUGAUGGAUAAUGGGAACUGUGUGGUGUUAAAAUGGUUUUAAAUACCCCCAAGAGUUGCUGAAAUCACUUAAUAUUUCAAUGUCAGUGCAGAAUAUGAGCGUAUGCUCGCCUUGUAUUUGGUUGCAAAUCAUAGAACAACCACAAGCAUAGUUGUUGUUGGCGAGCAUAUAAACUAGAACCGUGAUUUUGCUAUUCAAAGUAAUUGACAUGUGCACGCCCUGGUCAUUAGAAACACGCCCAAGAUCUAAAAUCCUAGCUAAGACCCUGCUGUGAAUAUCAAUUAUUUUGAAGUUGAGCACCAUCUGACUAUAAAACUUACUAAAUUUUAUUAUUUUAUAGCUAACAAGAAACAACAGCCCAUCAGUAGAAACUUUAGUGUGUGGGCAUUUAGUGAACGCUGCAGGCGCAUGGGCACAACCAUUGGCUGCUAAACUUGGGACAGAUCUUCCAGUGAGGGCAGCAAAACGUGUGACGUAUGUAGUGGACUGUCCAGAUGGAUUCACUGAUCCUGUAUUAUUAUUUGAUACAGCUCAGAAUAUAUAUCUACGUCCUGAAAGUAGCAAACAAUAUAUUGUUGCUGAACAUCCGGAAGAGGUAGUGUACGCAAGUGUUAAGCAAGCGACGUUUUUGUCAACAGGUUGAGGGGGACUGGAUUACAAAGUGCGAUUGUGUCAGUUUGUGGUAAUCUUCAACAGAUAUGACUGAACCUUGUUUGCUUCCUUGCACGAGCGCUGUGAGGCAAAAUGCCGUCAAAAUUAGUUAUACCAAUUUUCAGUUGACGCCUUAUGUUGACAAAAACGUCGCUUGCUUAUAAUAGUAGUAGCAACACUAUUACCUAUAUGCUACAAUUCGGUAUAAUUACAACGGAUAAGACAAUUACAAUGGAUGACACAAUUACAACGUUGUAAUUAUAAUAAGCUAUAAUUACAACGGAGGCCAAAUGAAGUUCCCAGAAGCUAUACCAUCGUUCUCUAUUCAGCACACACCCUGUUGUGUUUAUAUUAUAACCUCGAAUCGAACACACGCACGCACUUGUGUGCAAUAAUAAUGUAAUGUGAUAUUAAGAAAUAACUAUUAUAUACAAGCAUAAGGUAAUUAGUUUAAGAUGUAAUACGAUACUGUAUCUAAGGACACUACAUCCCUCCCCUUCUUUAUAAAAUGUUUUUUGUUUUAAAUCUAAAAAUGUUAGUUAACGAUUAUCAGUUCGUAGUUGUCAAUAAACUAAAAUUGUGCUACGUUUCAAAAUGUAUAUAUUGUUGCGUUCGCAUAACCAUAGCGUUCCGGCUGUCUUGGUUGUCGAGAGGAUCUCCUCAGUGGUGGCGAAGGCGGUUGUGAAGGUUGGGUGUUUGUUUCAGGUGGGUGGUCUUCGUCGUCGGAGGUUUCGAGAUGAACAGGGAGAUGGGGUAUUUUCUUAAAGAAGGAGGAAUUGCGCGUUACUGUUCUGAGCCUGUUUCUUGCGGUGAUCAUCGAGUUCUUAACUGCUACAACGCGGAAGGGCUCAGGGUCAAAUGGUGUGGACAGUUUAUUCAAUUUCGGUCGUCGUAGGAGGACAGUGUCGCCGAGGGUGAUGUUGUUU